CAGCGGCGGUUCCUUCAAGGGGUCCACACAACCUCGUCCUCAACGGAUGAUCUGGUGACCAUGUUGUUCUUCUCAGCCCGUCCGGCGCCUUGGCCGCCUUCUUUUUGGCGAUAGCCGCUGGAGAUGCUGGCUGACUCGGUCGGGUCCCCUGCCUGGCAUGUAAUCGUCCAUGACUGCCUACUUACGUAUAUAGCACGUAGUCCCUUGAUCAGUCCUCCUCACUCCUUCUCAAAUGUAUAUCCGUCUCACUCCCCCUCCCAGCUUACUCAGUUCAUCUCUCUGUCCCUCACGUCCCCUGUCUCCGGUCACUUCGGUAUAACGACUCUGUUUGAUAUAUAUACGUCCUGUCCCACCCUGCUUCGGCAAGUCAUCCGUCAGCCUUGGUCCUUGCUGGACUGGUAUCUCAACACGUCUUGACGAUUGUCGGUCACUGCCGGCACUGGCCGGCCGCUUUGGAGUCUCUUCCGACAGAUCCGUAGGCAGAUUCUCUUUUCGGCAACAUCUCUGGUCCCAGGCACAAUUCAGGCAACAUGGCAGUUGGACCUGCUCGUACAGUGGCCGCUGUCAGGCAUGGAGUGAAAAAGGCUUCAGAAAAGCCGUCACCACCGCCGUACCCGAAGCGGCAGUUGCUCAUUCUCGCCUUGUGCCGGAUAUGCGAACCCAUCGCCUUCAUGUCGAUCUUCCCCUACGUCUACCACAUGGUCAAGGACUUCAACAUCACCAAUGACGAAAGCAAAAUCUCCAUGUACGCCGGUUGGGUGACGUCCUCUUUCACCUUGGCCGAGUUUCUGGCGGGCUUCUUGUGGGGACGACUGAGCGACAAAAUCGGUCGGAAGCCGGUUCUUCUGACGGGAAUGGGCGGCACGGGUCUCAGCGUCAUCUUGUUCGGUUUUGCACCGAGCCUUCCAGUCGCCUUGCUUGCCCGUGCUUUGGGUGGAAUUCUGAACGGUAACAUGGGUGUCUUGCAAACCACUGUUGGAGAGUUGGUUACUGUAAAGGAACAUCAGCCACGGGCAUACACGGUUAUGCCUAUUGUGUGGUGCAUAGGAUCGAUUGUUGGCCCCAUGAUUGGUGGUACGCUUGCAAAGCCAGUGGAUUGGAUCCCAACCGUCUUCCAGCCCGGGAGCAUCUGGGACCGCUUCCCAUAUUUGCUACCUAACCUCUUCAGCGGCAUGUGUGUGUUUUUCGGGCUUGCCGUCGGCUUUCUGUUCCUCGAGGAGACCCACGCCGAAAAGAAGUAUCGACGAGACCGCGGUGUUGAGCUCGGCAGAUAUUUGACCUCUCGGCUUUUCGGAAAGAACAAUUGUUUCCGGCGACGACUCCGAAGGGGAAAGAACGGGGAGGAUCAGCCUUUGCUUGGCGAAACGGACGAGUCGCUGCCCGGAUACCGGACUGCAGAUGGAUCGCCACAGCUUACUUCGGUCGAGGGCCCGAUUAUGCAGGAGCCGCUCGAUCUUGAGUCGACGGGGGAGAUGGUGGAGGCCCAGUCCGAAAAGCCCGAAAGAACUUUUACCAAACCGAUCAUCUUCAUCAUCAUCAACUACGGCCUUCUUGCUUUCCACACCAUGACUCUGGAUUCUCUUCUCCCGGUCUUCCUCAGCACCGAGCCCACUGGCACCCAAGAUGGCUGGUCGCUACCAUUCAAGUUCGCAGACGGCUUUGGAUACGACACUCGAACUGUCGGCAUUAUCUUGUCCAUCCAGGGUCUCUACUCGAUGAUCUCCACCUCGUUCUUCUUCCCCCGAAUCACCGGUCGUCUCGGUGCGCUUCGCCUGUUCCAGAUUAUCUCAAUGUCGUACCCGUUGCUUUACUUCGCUACGCCCUACUUCGUUCUGCUACCCUCCAGCCUCCGCAUGGCCGGCGUCUACAUCCUGAUCAUUUGGAAGUGCACACUCGCCACCAUGGCCUACCCCAGCAACGCGAUCCUCCUGACCAACUCGGCACCCUCGACCUUGAUGCUCGGAACGAUCAACGGCGUAGCGGCCUCGAUAGCCAGUCUGUGCCGCGCCAUGGGACCGAUUGUGUCGGGAUACCUUUACACAAUCGGACUAAGGGCGGGAUACUGCGGCAUGGUUUGGUGGUUCACGGCCUUUGUGACGAUCGGGGCGUCGUUUCUCAGCUUCGGCAUUACCGAACCCAGGGGGAGGUUUGAUGGGAAAGAGGAGAUCGAAGAGCCUGUGCCUGCUGCUGGACAUUCGGCAACAACGAGAGAUGCGGUCGAACCGGUGGCGGCUGAGCCCACCAUAGCCAUCAACUUGGACACAAGAACAACCCAAAGAGACUGACAUCCGCACGCGGCAAGACUGGCGUAUACGACUUUGUUCCGGUCCUUUUUUUUUUUUUUUUUUCGUCUUUUUUUUCCUCUUUUUCUUUCUUUUUGUAUGUGUGUGUUUGGAUCGGCGCUUGGUUGGGAAUAUAGCUGGACAGUGACUCUUUUAGGUUUUGCUUUUUUGGGGCACGCAUGAUAUCUCGUAUUGAGAGAGCUUGGAGCGUGCCGGUUCUUUCGUGGUUUUCGCAUGUGGUCUGGGGUCUGGGUGUUGGGUCUGGGUGUUGGGCAUUGUACAAACAACGGUCGUUCGCUUAUCUUCGUAUACCCCGUAUAUCCGGUGUUUUUGUAAGGGAUUUGGAGAGCUUGGCAAAGAAAGGAAAUUGGAGUCGGUCGCUUUUUCUAAGGAUGUACGGCAUACGGAUGAUACCUCUUUUUGUAUUUUUUCAGCUUUCAAUGCGAUUGUACACUAUACUGUACACAUGCCUCGCUCGUAGUCUCGAAAGGGUGCUUGCUGGAUGAGCUUAUCAAACCGGUUCUUCUGAUGUGUAAAUAAAGCCAACGUGUUUCCC